UUUAUCUGUCGAGAAAUGCUGGAGUUAAUUGUGGCAGUUUUUCUCGCCUUUUUGGCGAUAUGUCUAGGAAUUUUGUUCAUCUCGGAUUGUGAUAUUUGGACCUAUUUGCAUAUCAAGUUUGGGAAGGAUGUCGCGACUCGUUUUGAAGGAAAAGUUGUUUGGGUGACGGGAGCAUCGUCAGGAAUUGGGGAAGGUAUUGCCAAGGAGUUGGUGAAGGUGAAGAAUGUGAAAAUAAUUUUGUCCGCGAGGAGGAACGAGGAGUUGGAGAGGGUUAAGAGGGAGUGUCUGGCGUUGAACAAGUCCACGAAACAGGAUGCCAUCCUCGUCUUGCCGUUCGACAUGGUGGAUUAUGACAGCCAUGCCAAGGCGUUGGAAAAAGUUGUGAAAACUUUUGGAAAGCUCGAUAUCCUGAUUUCAAACGCGGCCGCCAUGGGUCAAUUCGCGCUCUGGGAGGAGGCGCCAAUUUCCACUGAUAUGGCCCUCUUCGACUUGAACGUGUUCUCCCUCGUAAAUUUGAACCGGAUCGUACUCAACUAUUUCAAAAAUGAGCGGGGCCGUCAAGGUCAUUUGGCGGUGGUGUCAAGUUUGGCGGGGAAAAUGGGCUUUCCAUACCUCACACCUUAUACGCCAACAAAAUUCGCGCUGCACGGGUACUUUGACUGCUUGAGGCACGAGUUGAGGAAAAUGGAACGAAUUCACGUCACCCUGCUCUGCCCGGGGCCAGUUGAGACGAACAUAUACAACGAUACUCUGACCGGGACUGGCGCGCGCUUCAAGCUCACAAUGAUGUCCACAUUAACGCGAAACGCUAUGACGACGGCGCGAUGUGGCGAAAUUUGCCUGGCCUCGAUCGCAAAUAAGUUGGAGGAAUCGUGGAUGGGGCCACUACCGAAUUUGCCAUUCAUGUAUUUGGCGGCAUAUCAGCCUUUCUUGUUUUCAAAAUUAACCGCCUUCACGAUGAAAUUUAUGCUGGUGGACGAAGAAUAAGAGGAGCGGGAAGAAAAGCGAUGUCACCUUUUAAUUUUAUAUGAACAUAAUUAUCUUCUCUAAAAGUAUGAUAAAAUAAAUAAUUUUUGUAU